AUGCAGGCUCCAAGUGCGCACCAGAUAAAGGGCAAACCGGCCCACAAGAAAGGCCAAAGGCACGCCGGCCCACAAGAAAGGCCAAAGCAUGUGCCAGAAGAAAAGGGCAAACCGCCCCACAAGAAAGGCCACAGUAUGUGCCAGCAAAAAGGGCCAACCAGCCCACAAGAAAGACCACAGUAUGUGCCAGCAAAAAUGGCUAACUAUCCUACAAGAGAGGCCAAAGUAUGCGCCAGAGCAAACGUCAAUGCGGCCCACAAGAAAGGCUAA